AUGGAUUACAAAGCCACCACAUCCCCACUGGAUUCUUCUGAAAAACUUAAAGCCACAGAUGGGAAGUUAUUGACAGAUCCUACUCACUAUAGAAAAUUGGUAGGGAAACUUAAUUUUCUCACAAAUACAAGGAUGGACAUAGCAUACAGUGUUCAACACCUCAGCCAGUUCAUGCAGUCCCCUAGGGAACCACAUUUGAAGGCAGCUUACCAUGUCCUUCGAUACCUAAAGCAAGAUCCUACACUGGGAAUAUUCAUCUCAAACAAACCUGAUCUCACAGUGACUGCUUAUUGUGACUCAGACUGGGCUACUUGUCCAGAUUCUAGAAAGUCAGUCAGUGGAUACUUGGUCCUUAUGGGUGAUAGUCAUGUUAGCUGGAAAUCCAAGAAACAAGCCACAGUGUCUCUAUCUUCUGCAGAGGCAGAGUACAGAGCUGUGAGUCAGGUUGCUGUUCACAUUGACAAGAAUCCAGUCUUCCAUGAAAGGACAAAGCACAUAGAGGUCGAUUGUCACUUUGUUAGGAACAAGCUUCAACAGGACUGGUCACACUCCAUCACAUCUCCACAACCUCUCAACUAG